AUGGACUAUGAUGAAAUGGACAUUGAGCCCCAGGGGCCUCAAGUCACAGUCAGAGAGGUAAAUAGACGAAAGGAAGAGACCAAAAAGAAGAUCCAUCCUAACGAAUAUAAAACCACAAACCAACAGGCUGAACCACAUCGUGUUGACUUCCGCCUCAGCUCCGUCGACCUCGCUUUCGCCAACUCCCUCCGCCGCACCCUCCUCGCCGAAAUCCCCACCGUCGCCAUCGACGUCGUCGAAAUCGAAUCCAAUACCUCCGUUCUCCCCGAUGAAUUCAUCUCUCACCGCCUCGGCCUCAUCCCGCUCAACUCCAAAAAUUGCGACGCCGACAUGGAAUACUCGCGCGACUGCGACUGCGAGGGCGGCUGUGCGCGCUGCGUCGUCACCUUGCAACUGCAAGCGCGCUGCACGGGCGAGGAUAUUAUGAAGGUGUACGCGCGCGAUCUGGUGAUCGUCGGGGAUCGGGCGAAUGAGUGGGUGGGCAACCCGGUUAUCAUGGAUGCGGAAGGAAAAGGCCCUGUGAUUUGCAAGUUGCGCAGGGGCCAGGAGAUUAAAAUGACGUGUAUUGCGAAGAAGGGGAUUGCGAAGGAGCAUGCGAAGUGGGCGCCGACUGCGGCGGUGGGGUUUGAGUAUGAUCCGCAUAACAAUUUAAAGCAUGUGGAUUAUUGGUAUGAAGAGGAUCCGAUUAAGGAAUGGCCCAUCUCUGCAAACGCAGAAUGGGAAACCCCAGCCCAACCCGACAUGCCCUUCGACUAUGACGCGCAGCCCUCCACCUUCUACAUCGAUGUCGAAAGCAUCGGCAACCUUGAACCAGACGCCAUCGUCCAACAGGGUAUCACUGUCCUCCAACGCAAGCUCGCAGAGAUCAUUUCUGCCCUAACCGGCGCGGGAGAUACGGAUCGCAACGGCGCUACGAUGAACGGCAUCGGUGAGGACGGUGGCCGUAGUCCCGACGCUUACGAGCCACCUGAGGGAAUGGAUGGUGGCUACACAGCUUAUGCGUCUAAUGGUGUUGGCGGUGCUGCUGGAGGUGGGAGUGUUUGGGGUGGUGCGGGCGGCGCGACGCCGUAUGGGGCUACACCCCAUUUCGAGAUAAGACGAGAAAGUGGGCCUCAGGCUCUGUGUGACAAGAGAAGCGAACAGAGUGACACCACCAAGAAAGAAAAACGGAUACGGUGGCAAACUGAGUUGAAGGGAGGUGUGGGACACGCGGCGGUGUUGGGGAUGCCUGAUCGCGUCUGUCUUGAACGGUGGCUGGCUCUACGAAAGGCGAAUCUUCUACUACCAGAGGAAAAGGAAAAAGGAGGAACUGAAUGCCAGCAUCUUAAGGCGAUGAGGGGGUAUACAGGUUCGAAUUUGGCUCCACGGUGCGGAUGGAUGGAUGGAUGGAUGGAUGGACGGGGGAUGAAAGAGGAACGGGAAUGUAAUGACGGGGCACAGGCUUCCUUUUCCCCCGAAGCUAUAUCCUCUGGCAAAUCGCCCGCCCUCCUGCCACCCGAUCUAUAUUAUUAUGCCAUGCAAAGUCAACGGCGCGAAAACGGCGCGAAGCCGACGCGCUCGGCGUCCUCAAAAGGGGUGAAUAGAAAAAAAAAAACUCAAAACGAUCAGGAGCCGUUGUUAACAGGCGCUCCCACAUACACACUUUGCGGCGCUUUUCAAGUUUCUCAGGAAAACACAUCGCCUGAAGGACCAACUGCUUGGUUGGUUGGUAAUUGGUGUUUCCUCUUUUAA